UCACUGAUCAUGUCGAACGCUGAGGAAAAAUUGCGUAAAGUUUUAAAUUGUAUCGUUCAGGAGAAAUUUCCUAACGCACUAGAUGUCAAAAUCAAACCAGUUAGCACAAAUGGUGCAAACUAUUGCUCAGAAUUAUUUGAAGCUAAUAUCGCUACCCCUGAAGAUACCCAUGAGUUGUUUGCAAAAGUAGAUUCGUUGGGUGACCAGCUUAACGCCGCAAGUAAGCACCUCUCUAAUAUAGAAAUAUUUGCCCUGACUUCACUUUCAAGUGCUUAUGAAAACUUAGAAGCCAAAUUUGGGAUAAAAGAAAAGUUCAUUUUCCCAAAAUUUUACAAAAGCGUUGAUGGAGUAAUUGUCAUGGAAAAUUUGGCAUCUAAAGGAUAUGAAGUUUAUGAUAGAUUCAAGAUUAUUGAUUUGAAUUAUGCAUCGAAAUCUUUAGAAGCUUUGGCCAGAUUUCAUGCACUUUCAAUAUCUUUUAAAAAUGAACGCCCAGAGGAGUUCAGAAAAGCUGUAGAAGUAUUAAAUGUAACGCUAAGUGUCUUCACAAGUUUUCAUUCGGAAGGUCAAAUUGAUGCCGCAAUGGCAGCUGUGGAUGAAGCUGAUAGAGAGAAACUCGCUAAACUUCUUGAAGGAUCUAGGGGUUUGAGUAAACUUUUGGAUCUUACUGAACCCCGCAAGACUGCAGUGAUCGUCCACGGAGACUACCGAGCUAGUAAUUUGAUGCACAAACAAAUGGAUGGAGAAUAUCACGUUAUUCCGGUGGACUACCAAACAGCUAGGCUAGGAUGUCCGGUGUCCGAUCUCCUCUACUUCAUCUUGCUGGGUUCCGACCAGCAGUUCCGAAAACAGUACUUCCGCCAGCUACUGGACCAUUACUACGAGCAUCUGUCUCUGAUGCUGACCAAGUUCGGUCUUCAGCCGAAUGAGGUGUAUGGGAAGGAGGAAUUUGAAAGUGACAUAAAAGCGAAACUGCCAGUGGCCCUCAGCGUAGCAGCGCUAGUGCUGCCAUUCGUGACAGUAGACGUGGAUAGCGCUCCAAACUUCGAGAGCGGUCAGUUCACGCCGCGCACGAGCGAACGGUUCGUCAAGCGGUUCCGGGAACUGGUGGAGGACAUGAAGGGAUGGGGAGUUCUGUAGACUACAAAUGAAGCAAU